AUGGAACCAAUUGGUUUGAGAGUCACCAAAUUGGUUCUUGAAACCGUGGAGGUACGUGAAGAGAAUCUAUGGUUAUCUUGUGACCGUGAAGAUCAAAGGGCUUUACCAACGCGUAUGGAUUCCAAUUUCAAGAUGUCGAAGGUUUGUUAUUCCUCAGACUUGUAUUUACUUCAGCUUUUUGUUGCCUUGGGUAUUUAUGCUUUGUCAUUGUUCGUACGGACUUAUGCCAGGGCUGUUCAUACAGCACAAGCUUAUGCCAUGAAUGACGAAUUCUCUAGAGUUCUCAGUCAGCAGAUUGAGUAUUACUCUAAUGAUCGUAAUGCAGAUAGGAUCAAUCGUAUUAAGGGUGAAAUGAAUCAGGUGCGGGGUGUCAUGAUAGAGAACAUUGACAAAGUUCUAGAUAGAGGUGAACGCUUGGAGCUUCUUGUGGAUAAAACCGCCAAUAUGCAGGGGAAUACAUUCCGUUUCAGAAAGCAAGCUUGUCGUUUCAGAAGCAAAGUCUGGUGGAGAAAUUGCAAACUCACGGUUCUCUUAAUACUACUACUACUGGUGAUCAUAUACAUCGGCGUAGCCUUUCUCUGCCAUGGACCUACUCUACUAUCUUGCAUUUAAGUGCUUCUAUCUCUUAAGGAAUUCAUCCCGUUUCUGUGUGUUGCCGCAACUUUUUUUCUCCCCAUCUGAUUGUAAGCCUCCUGUUUCCUCGGGCUUAAAAUCCUUAUGUUUUCAACUCACACUUAUAUGAAGUAUUCUUAUUUAUAGAGCAAUGUAAAAGCUCAUUGCCUUGCAAGUUGUGUGAAUUUUUGUUGUCAUCACGUUCUAUACAUAGUGGGAAGUGAACAGG